GCUCUGCUGAAGCCGCAUGGCUAGCUACCGCUGCUGCAUUUACAUGUAUGUUUUCCUCUUUAGCCGGAUCUUGUGAUUGAGUUUCUGUAAAACAAGGAGUCUAAAGAUGGCAGAAGUUGUACCAGAGAAAAGUCGUGGCUUGAAGUUUGCAGAGCAGCAACUCCUGCGUCACGGCUGGGAACACGGUAAAGGACUGGGGCGAUCUGAGAACGGCAUUUCAGAGGCUAUCAAGGUGAAAGUGAAAUGUGACAAAGGAGGGGUUGGUCAUAAAGAAGGGGAACAGUUCACCUUCCACUGGUGGGAUCAUGUCUUCAAUAAGGCCUCCACCAGCCUGCAGGUGGAAUCUGAUCAGAACGGUAUUCAGUUGAAGAAGACGGUGGAGGAGGAUGAAGAGGAUGGGAUGAUCUCCAAUAAAAAGCCACGGAAAGCCACACUGGCCAAAGCCAAACUUUAUGGAUGCUUUGUUAAGUCAGCCACGCUGCUUUCCGGUCAGGAGCAGCCGGAGCCAAAGACCUCCAGCUCAGACGACAGCAGUAGCUCGGACGAGGAGGACGACAAGAAACUGGAUCUCUCCAGCACCACCAAGCUCUCUGAUGCUGACCUUAUGAAGGCUUGUGGAGGACGCACAGCUCACAAAGGAGCCAGACACGGUUUGACCAUGAGCGCCAAAUUAGCCCGGCUGGAGCAGCAGGAGGCUGAGUUCAUGGCUAAGUAUGGCAAGAAGAGCCAGCCAGCGAGCGCUUCAUCGGUUUGUGUCACACUGACUCCACCGAUCUCUGAGCCAGCCGAGCAGACAGAGAAGCAGGAGGAAACGGGCGAGGACUCUCGGAGUAAGAAGGUAAAAAAGAAAAGAUCCUCUGUGAGUGUUCAGGAGCAAAAUGGUGUUGAAGUGUCUGAAAGUCCUGAAACGGAUGUUGAACCCAAAAAGAAGAAGAAGAAAAAGAAAAAUAAAGAGGACAUUGAGGAAAUGACUGAUGCAGUUUCCACUGAGGGGGAUGUGAUCUGUGUAGAAAACGGUGAAGUAGACAAGCAAACAAAAAGAAAACAUAAAAAGAAGAAAAACGAUGCAGAGCAGAACGGAGAAGAAACAACGCUUUCACCUGCGGCAGAGAGCAAGACUUCAGAGGAGACUGCCGAGCUGCACACGGACAUAAAAGUGAAGAGGAAGAAGAAAAAAACCGCCAAACACCUCUGUGAACCUGCCGAUGAGGAGAGCAACAACACAGAAUCCAGCCAGUCGGAGCCGGUGCAGGACUGCGCUCCAAAAAUCAAGAAGAAAAAAGCUGCAGCUCUGUUGGAGGAAGCAGAAGUUCCAGAGGAAGAAGCAACAGUCAAACAGAAACGGAAAAAGUCUAAAAAGGACAAAUAUGUAGCUGACAAUACAAACGAGGAGGAACUUCCUCCAAAGAAGAAGAAGAAGAAGUCCAAAGAGUAGUGUUUGAUCUGACACUGAUAACUAACUUGUUUUUGGCUGAUUUAGAAAGUUAUCUUAAGUUUGGUGCCAAACAGAGAGUUUGUGGAGGCCGUGCUCUCCGAUUUGACAGACCUGUGAAUGAACUGAUAAGAGAAUAUUCAGUUCAAUCACCAUAAGAAAGUGUUGGCAGUGUAUGUUUCUGCAUACCACAGACACUUCAAAAUUUCAAAUAUGGUGUAGUAUAUGAGCUGACAUUGUCAUCGGGAGGUGGAGGGGACGGUUUAUGGCGUGAAACCUACGCAAGACACCCGCCGAGGUGCAGACCAUUGAUUUAAACUUGCAAAUAACAUGACCCCACACUGUUUUUGCAGAAGCUCUUUGGGGUUGUUUUUUAGAGUUUUCUGCCUGAAUAGUGCCUCAAAAGCUCGUUUUACCACGACAUCACUGCAUUUCCAGCUGGGAUUGUGUCUCCAAAAGUAGGUAUUUUACACCAAAACAUGAUCUUUUCCAAACCAUAGCCAAGUGGUUUUUGUGCCUUAACUUAACCACGUUAAUCACAGCCUUAUUAAAACCUUAACUUGAAAUGUAUCCACGACAUAAUACUGUACAAAAGUAAAUAUCCAUGUUUGCAGAAACAUCCAAAGCCAACAUUUACUCUGCAGAUUGAGUUUGAAUAUCUUAAUUAUUUUAAUUCAGACCGACAACAAGGUGAUGACUUCCAGCAGUUGUGCCUCUUCUGCCUGAUAAAACUCACUUUUGUGCUGUCAGAUCCGUUUUUCAGUCAACACUGUCUGCUGGAUUUAUGAUAACACGCUGCAGAGGUGACUGUAAGGAAAAAAACAGGCAGUUAAGUUAUUUGCGAGUGAUGCAGACUUUUUAAUGAUAUAAAACAUGAAAUUUGUUGAACUGAAUCAGCAGUCAUUGAUUUGAUGAGUCACAUGUUGCAGCCAAACUGAGCUUUUCUAAACUGAGACUGAAAAUUUAAUCAGCAGGAGCCAAUGAAUCGAAAGUUGCCUUCAUGUGCAUUUUAGAGGAAAAUUUGAUACGAAAUAUUACAAAUGAUUUGUCGUUUCCGCAUUAUAGAAAAUCUCUCAUUAUCUUAUUGUAAGAAGUCGUAACGUGAAAGUUGACAUCAGACAGAUGAAACCACUGGUUUCAGAUGAGCUGAACUUUAAUUAAAAGAUUCGACACAUCAAACUGCACUUAUGAGAUUCUUUUAGAUGUGCAGAUGUUUUUGAUUUCUUGUGGUUCCACUUAGAGGGCCUUAAGUAGAUAUAAAGAAAUACUGAAAGUGGAACUUUAACAAAAAUAAACACAAUGCUUUGGAUUUUAUGUGAUUAUUUAUUUAUUCUCAAACCUGAAUAUUUCUGAACGCAUGUCAAGUAUUUUGUCUCAUGACAGUUGUUAGAAAUAAAUGCUCACUAUUCAAACUUUUACCAAAAUAUUCCAAAUACAACAGCAUCAACAUGUAAAACAUGAGCCUGCUAUCAGUGGAGGAAGACAUGCUCCAUAUGUAGAUAUAAACGGAUAACAAAAACACGAUGAAUCUUAUUUUUAUCUUAUUUUAUUUCCACGUAAUUCUGCUUCUUCAUUAUAAUUCAGAAAGAAAUGUUCUACUUUUUACUUCACUACAUUUGUUUGAAAGCUGAAGUUACUAUUUACUUGCAGACUCAGAUUAUUAAACCUACCUAACAUACCAAUAAAAUUUUAUAUAUAAAUAUAUAUACUCAUGAUAUGUAUUAUCUGUAUAUAGUGAAGAAAUUAUGAUGCAUCAUUUUAGGUUUACAUAAGACUUAACUGACUCCUUAUCGCCACAAAAAUGCAUUAAUUAUGAUAAUACAAUAUUAUUAUAUACGUUAUUCUGAAAUGAGACCAUCUGCAUAAUCUGUAUUUUCAUUUUUGGUACUUUAAGUAUAUUUUGAUGCUAAUUGUAAUGUUUGGU